GUCCGAUGCCCAGCCCUAAAGCUUAAGUACUUGGGCACCGCCCAGCGCGGCCACGAUGAUACCGCGUGCUCGCAUCUCCCAACUUGACAGGAUACCCUCACGUUCAACACGAACACAACAUAUCCUCUGGCUGCUCGAAGGCGCUCUGAGUGGUCAUAUUUGAAACGAAGCUAGAGUCAACCUCCUGCGGUCUACAUUGAACCGGAUACCUUCACAACUCGAGCAGACUUGACCGAUUCUCUCAAAUCUACUGAGCUUACGAUACCAUGUCGAACUGGGGCAAAAACAGCGGCGCAUAUAACCAGCCCACAUACCAGCCAGGGCCCACACCCAACUAUGCGAGUCAGUAUGUGCCUCCGCCAGGCCCGCCAGACGCGAGGGAUGAGAAGUCUCCCUACGAGGGUGAACGCUUCCAUUCGCGGAAAAUAGGGAAUGAUCUUGGGUUUUUGAUAUUCUUUAUCCUGCAGUUUGCUGGCUUUAUUGUCAUAUCUGCCAUUGCGCUCAAUGAAUGGAUCAAGUCUGGAGGGCUCGGCGGCGGGAUAGGCAGCGGGGAUACCGGAAACAGCGUUACUCUUAAUUACCAUACAGUGAUCCUCCUUCUCCUCGUAACCGCAACUGCCCUGGUUUUGUGCACCAUAUAUCUGAUCCUCACGCGCACAUUUACGCGGCUCAUCAUGCAUUUCACGCUGCUGCUGUCUAUCGCGCUCAACGUCGGUAUAUGCGUCUAUUACUGGACAACACACUACUGGUCGGGAGCGAUCAUCUUCACCAUUAUCGCGUUGCUGUCAAUAUUCGCCUAUUUUGGGUAUCGAUCGCGCAUCCCGCUGGCAUCGCUCCUCCUGCAGGUCGUCAUGGACAUCGCGAAGCAUCACUGGACAGUAUAUGGCGUGGCGUUUGCCGCAUUGGUUAUCCAAGCUGCGUGGAGUGUAUGGUACACGUUUACUGUAAUUGCGAUCUAUGCAAAGUGGACUCCUGGAAACCCCACAUGCGGCAACGGCUCCUCCUGCUCUUCAUCCAAAGUGGCGGGCCUCGUCUUUUAUGCGACAUUCUCCUACCUAUGGACUUCCCAGGUCAUCGGGAAUGUGGCCCUUGCAACUCUUGCCGGCGGGCCGUUCGGCUGUUGGUAUUACUUUGGGCCUCGCGAUCAGGGCUUGAUGCCACCACAUCCGACGCUAUCUUCCUUCCGCCGCGCUUCCACGUUGUCCCUCGGCUCGAUUGCGUUCGGCUCGCUCAUAGUCACACUGCUGGACCUGUUGAGGCUUUUGCUAAACAUGAUCAGGAACAAUGCUAACCAGGAAGGGCAUCCUGUGGAAGUGUGUCUUGCCCUCUGUGCCGAAUGCUUCGUGGGAUGUAUCGAGGGGAUGGUGCAGUACUUUAAUAGAUACGCAUACAUUGAGAUUGCAUUGUACGGAAAGCCGUAUCUCCAAGCCGCUCGGGACACCUGGCAUUUGUUCCAAGAUCGGGGAAUCACUGCGCUCGUCAAUGAUUCCCUUGUUGGGAUGACUCUCACGUGGGGCGCUUACGCGAUCGGGCUGUUAUGCUCGCUCUUCGCGUACCUAUACCUCCGAUACACGCAUCCCUCGUAUAAUACGGACGGACAGUAUACUGCGCCCGUGCUGCUCUUCGCAUUUUUGAUUGGCGUCCAGUGCAUGAUGACGCUCUCGUCGGUCAUCGAAGCAGGCGUAUCUACGAUCUUCGUUGGACUCGCGGAGGAUCCCCAGAUCCUUGCUAUGCGUGCGCCGGCACUGUUUGGGCUGAUUGCGUCGACAUAUCCACAAGUCGUUCAGGGUGUUCCCAGGGUAUGAUGUAUCGCCAGAGAUAUGUUCGUAGUGGUGGAUUAUUUCGUAUGUUAGCAAGUUUGCGUGCCUUGUAUGUGCUUGGAUCUUCGAGCAACCUCAUAUGAACACUACAAUUGUAUCAAUCGUCUCAGCGAGAUGUAACUGCGAUACGACAAGAUGGAG